AUGGUGAGUGUGUCGGAUGGAAGCGUACAGAAUGAGGAGAGGGUAGCGGGUGAGCCGGCGAGAGCAGAGAUGCACCAGGCGUCGGAUGGGCAGAAAGGGGAUGCGAAGGGCAAACUCACUGAAAACAUCGUCUGGAGAAAUGUCAUCCUGAUGACCCUGCUGCACGUCGGGGCAUUUUAUUCCCUCUUCCUCAUCCCCAAGGCGCACCCCCUUACCUGGAUAUGGUCAUACGUGUGCUUCCUGAUCACUGCUCUGGGGGUGACAGCAGGAGCCCACCGCCUCUGGAGCCACAGGUCCUACAAAGCCAAGUUACCUCUGCGGAUCUUCCUCGCUGCUGCUAACUCCAUGGCCUUCCAGAAUGACAUUUUCGAGUGGUCACGGGACCACCGGGUCCACCACAAGUACUCUGAGACAGACGGCGAUCCCCACAAUGCAAAGCGUGGCUUCUUUUUUGCCCAUGUGGGCUGGCUCUUUGUCCGCAAACACCACGAUGUCAUUGAGAAGGGCAAGAAGCUGGACUUCAGUGACCUCCUCGCCGACCCUGUUGUGGCAUUUCAGAGGAAAUACUACAAGUCCUCGGUGCUGGUGAUGUGCUUCCUGGUGCCCAUGCUGGUGCCCUGGUACUUUUGGGGGGAGACCCUGUGGAACUCCUACUUCCUGCCGUCUAUCCUGCGCUACACAAUCUCCCUCAACGUCACCUGGCUGGUCAACAGUGCCGCCCACAUGUAUGGCAACCGCCCGUACGACAAGAACAUCAGCCCGCGGGAGAACCGCUUUGUCACCUUCGGAGCUAUUGGUGAAGGCUUCCACAACUUCCACCAUACGUUCCCCUUUGACUACUCCACCAGUGAGUUUGGCCUGCGCUUCAACCCCACCACCUGCUUCAUCGACCUGAUGUGCUGGCUGGGCCUGGCCAGUAACUGCAAGAAGG